AUGUCAAGCGACCCAACGAACAUCCAAAACAUCUCACAAUUAACCGAUCAAAUCAAAGAAUCUCCUUCACCACAAAUACCAAAUCCUCAACCAUCUUCACCACAAUUGGAGGAAACAAAAAAAAGCCAAGCAAAGACCGAAAAACAAAAAGAAAAGAAGUCGAACAAGACGGAAAAAAAGAGGGAAACAAAGGGAAGUCAACGGCAAUCAGCUCCUCGAGUUGGUGAACCAUAUGACACACACAAUUUUUGUCAAAUUUGUCAGGAUUUCGAGAAGAUGACACACGCGUUUCAUACCAUCAUCCCAAAACCAACAACGUUCUGGAGAACAUUGUUGGGUCAGCAAGUGCUCAAAAAAGAUAAUAUUAUCAUUGGAAAUAUCAUGAGACUCAACGUUUUAGUCAUAGCAUUUGUUCUGGGGGGUGAAAAAAAGACGCGGAUUGAGAUUAAGACGGCACAAGAAAAAUUGAUAUUGGAACAACUUUGUCUCAAAUAUUGCAUUUUCAUCACACUGUUUGUUGACAACACAGCAACAUUGGAAAAAACAAUCAUGUUCAAAAAAAUCAUACGACUCACAACCCGUGACGUGAAAGAAAUGGUAACUCUUUGUUCCAAAGCUAGAGAAAACAAUCCAAUUUCAACCACACUUGCUCCUCAAAAACAGGAAGAACAAAAAGAGUCAGAUAUAGGAAUUUACAUUAUCAUGGAUUUGGUUAAAAAGAAAAUAAAGGAAUUCAACAUCUCAUCAUUUGGCGAGUUUUUGAUUUAUUAUCAAGUCAUUGAGAAGGCCAUUUGCAAAGAGUUGAAUGUGUCCAAUUUCAAGGCUUUGAAACAUGAAGAAUUUCUGUGUUUUUGUGGGAAGUAUGUGGAUUUCCCAUUUGAAGUGAAGAAGAGGAGCAAAAUUAUCGGACUUGAUCAAAUUGUACGAGUGAAUGUACUCAGUUUAGAAGCACCAUUUUCGGUGAUAACCAAAUUGAUCAAAAACGCGAGGUAUCUUGUCAAUUUGUUUAAUAUUAAAGAGUUGCGAAAAGUUGACAUUGAAAGUAUUGUCGAGAAAAAUGACUUUGAAGACUGUCAAUUUAUGGAAAUUUCCAAACACAAUAUCAUCAAAGUCCCCGUGUACGACGGAUCAAAGAUACAGAACCAAGUUGAAGAACAUAUCGAAGACUUCAACUUUCUUGCAGGAAUGCUUGUUGCCCAUUUAUUCAACGAAGAGAGUUGCAAUGGUGAAACGAUCUCAAACUAUGUGAAAACAAUUGUGGAACUGUCAAGUUGUCGGGUUCAAGUUAUGACCUCUGAAGUUUCGAGAGCAACCCUGGCGAUCAAUAUUUUGAAUGAAUUUCCAGAAGAGUUGAUAGGCGUCGAGGGACUUGUUUCAUUUUUUUUGGAAGCAUUAGGAAUUGAAAUGAAUGCGUUAGUUGCGUUGUCGUUAAACAACACAUUGUUUUUGAGACCAGAAAUCCGCGAGAUGAUCAGUGCUUGUUUCCCAGAAGCUGCAAGUCUUCCAGACAAUGUGAUGCAGUUUAUCAAUGCACAUCAACACGAAACUGAAAAUACUAUUCCACUUCCCAAAGAAAUCGUGAUCGACAUGUAUGAGAGAAACGGCGAACAAGUCCAAGUCGUCGAUUUUGAAGACCCCGAGUUUAUAACGAUAUUAAAAAAUGCGUCGGAAAAUAACGACUUGGACAAGCUUCAGUCGAUUUUGGCCUACAUGUGCCAAAACCCAGUUGUAUUCGCAGAGACUUUUCGUCGAAAGGAGGUGGUCAACGGUAAGUCAACUGAACUCAAGCAAUAUUCAAGCUUUUACCACAACUUGAAGAAUUUGAGAUGGUUCCCCACCACGCAACGGACAAUUGAGUAUCACGACCAUGUUUUUAACCAGAAGGAACUAAAGUGCUUACAACUGUUGACAACGCCGUUUAUUGUACCCGCACCACUUUCCCAUUACUUGGCUACAGCACUACCUCUGUCCCCUAUUGAAGUUGCUUACAUACUACACAGCAAAAUCACAAAAAUUACGGAUGAGUACGUCGACCUCCUCUCGUUUAUCCCAACAAUGGACGGCGAAGUUUAUAACAAAUACAUUGAACUUCCAAUAAUUCUUGUUGAAAAAAUGCACGACUGUUUCUUAACGAGUAUCGAGCAGCAUAGCCAAUGCGGUUGCAAUGAAACGAUCAAAUGGGUUAGUCCUCAAAACGUAUUUCUACGAGACCCUUCGUCAUUCUUCCCAACCAUUUGCACUAAUAAGACGAGAAGAAACGCAUUCCUCGGCGUUGGUGUUAAACCUCAGCCAAGUGUAUUGGAUUACAUACGGGCGUUGGUUUUGAUUGGCAAUUCCAACCAAACCACCGACCAGAAAAAACUGACGAUAUUAAAGAAGGUGAUGAAGGAGAUAGUGUUACAGUUCAACACCCUAACUAUAACUCCUUUGAUGAUAAACCCAAUACGUUCUUUAAAGGUACUUGUCAAUGACUUGGGUGAGUUUUCUUCUCUUGACGAUACGAUGUUUUAUAACGACAUCUCGUACUUAAACAAGGACCUUCCAUGUGAAAUUAAACGUCACUUAUUCACUUUAGACAUUCAAAGUUCUUAUAACAUGAAUGCGUUCUUGGACUCAGUUUCAAUCCAAAAGGCGAGUAGUGUGAUGACAUUCAUUAUUGACGAACAGUAUGAAGUUGAUUACAGUCUUACGGAAAUUAUCCGUCAAGUGUUGUCAGAAGUCCUUCCAUUGUUAACAGAAGGCAAGACAAGAACACUUGUUUCUAAUUACCAAAAAACAGCCCAAAAUAUCACUGUCGUUACGCACAAUUCUCUUCUUGUCAAUCUCAACUUCUCGUUUUAUUCUUGUUCAUCUCCAAUCUCAAGUCAUCUCACUGCCGUCAUGAUUGGAAACAAUCUCCACGUGUUGAAGCGAACCGGUAUAAGUUCAUUUGACUCACUGUGUUUCCUCUCACGCCUUUUCUUUGGGUGUGUGGACGAGUCGUUUAUCGGAAUGAUGUUAAGCAAGCUGUCUGUGAAAUCGCCAAUCCAAGUUCCAAUGGUGGAACGAGUAGAAGGGAUAAGCGCCGAAAAAGAGGAGGUGGACUGGGAACUAAUCAACACUGGAAAGGAAAAUGCCGUGGAGAUUUUUGACGAUGAAUUUGCGGUGAACGUCAACCCAUAUCAAUACACAAAAGAUAAAGAGCUCGCGAUACAGACUGGGUUUGGUGGUGAGGAGUUUGUGUACCAACUGUUGAAAGAGACUUAUCAUGACAGAGUUGAAUGGAUCAACGGGAAAGACAGUAACGGUGAGUCGACUGAAUUAGGAAUGCCUUUUGAUAUUGUGCUCAAAGACGAACACCAGAACAUUUUGUCUUAUAUAGAAGUCAAGACAACAGUAAUGAGAUCAACACCAAUUAAAAUUUCUUACCGAGAAUGGCUGUUUGCACAAGAGAAGAGAAAAAAGUUUUGUAUUUACCGAGUCCAAUGUUUUGGGAGUAACAAGCUUUACGUUAAUGUCAUUGUAGACCCAAUCGGAAAGUGGAUGAAAGGCGAAGUUGAAAUCAAAAUCAAUUUUUUAUAG